CGCGAAUUUCAUCUGUGUGCGCGGUGGGAUAUCGUCGUUUGGCUCCCCGUCUCUCAACUAUCACAGUGCCUUCACAGAUUGACCUAUCAAACGUCGUACGAAGGUCGUGUCCGGGUGGUAGUCGGUCGUCGCGGAUUGAUAGCGAGUGUUUUUGCUUCCAUCAACCCCUGCCCUAGGAAAGUGAGAAGACCUACAAAUUCUGCCAGCAUCUUCGAGCGAAGCAGUUCGACAGACGAUUGGGAAACCGAAGUAAAGCAGCCCAACCAAAUUGUGCCGGUCUUGGAUUCCGCUGAUUCCUGAAGGUCGCCCACCGCUCGACGGAAAAGAAAAGAACGAAGUAUGUUACGAACCGUCGCCGUACGGAACGAGAAGCUCCUGCUCCAGGGGUCGCGCAAGGUUCUUCGUGGGACGGCCAGCAGGGCCCUGAGUUGUGAUGCUGCUCGGAAGUGCAAUGUACAAAAAAAUUCUCAGAAAUGGACCUCAACUGGACCGAAACUGACUCCUGUAUGGCAGGUGAACUUCAUUCGAGGUUAUUGCAGUAAUUAUCCAGCCCACAACAAGGUCCUUUUACCAGCACUUUCACCCACCAUGGAGCUGGGUACAAUCGUCAGUUGGGAGAAGAAAGAAGGUGACAAGCUGAAUGAAGGUGAUCUGCUGGCCGAAAUUGAAACCGAUAAAGCUACCAUGGGAUUUGAGACCCCCGAGGAAGGCUACUUGGCCAAAAUUGUGGUACAAGCUGGCCAAAAAGACGUUCCCAUCGGGAAGCUGGUGUGCAUCAUUGUCGAAAACGAAGCAGACGUUGCUGCCUUCAAAGACUACAAAGAUACUGGUGCUCCAGCUGGGAAGCCCGCCGCACCAUCUCCAGCAGCCGCUCCACCAGUGUCAACUCCGCCUCCGGUAGCGGCGGCACCACCACCACCUCCCCCGCCAGUAGUACCUGCGGCUCCUGCUCCAAUGACUGCCGUUGAGCAACGUGGUCCCCGAGUCUACGCAAGCCCCAUGGCCAAGAAACUGGCCGAACAGCAGCGGCUGCGAUUAGAUGGUAAAGGCUCCGGUCUGUUCGGCUCACUAACGUCUAAGGAUCUUGCAGGUCUGCAGGCGGCAGGAGCACCGGAAGCACGUGCAGCAGCGCCAGCGGCAGCACCAACCAUUCCGGCCGGUGCAGCCUACGUUGAUAUUCCGGUGUCGAAUAUUCGGGGAGUCAUUGCCAAACGGCUACUCGAGUCCAAGACUACCAUUCCGCACUACUAUCUGACGGUGGAUGUUAACAUGGACCAAAUUAACAAACUGCGAUCCAAGUUCAACAAGCAGCUCGAGAAGGAAGGUGUUAAGCUAUCGAUCAACGAUUUCGUCAUCAAAGCUGCGGCGUUGGCUUGCAAGAAGGUCCCGGAAGCAAACUCCGCCUGGAUGGAUACCGUUAUCAGACAAUUCGACGCAGUGGAUGUCUCGGUGGCAGUGUCCACUGAUCGAGGGCUCAUUACGCCCAUCGUCUUCAGUGCGGACCGAAAGGGCUUAUCGGAUAUCUCCAAGGAUGUCAAAAACCUGGCAGCAAAGGCUCGGGAUGGCAAGCUGCAACCGCAGGAAUUCCAGGGUGGUACCUUCAGUGUUUCGAAUCUCGGUAUGUUCGGUGUGACGCAUUUCAGCGCCAUCAUUAACCCACCGCAGAGCUGCAUUCUGGCGAUCGGUGGUACCCAGAAGCGAAUCGUACCUGAUAAGGAAUCGGAACAAGGCUGGAAAGAAAGUGACUACGUUGCAGUGACUCUCAGCUGUGACCAUCGCACGGUGGACGGCGCUGUUGGUGCUCGUUGGUUGCAGUACUUCCGCCAGUUCCUAGAAGAUCCGCAUUCUAUGCUACUGUAAACGCGUAUUAAGUUUCACAAACGAUGAGUAUCCAUGCCUUAUUUGAUAUGUGAAAGUAGCGUCAACCCACUCCAUCGCCAUCAAGUCCUACAAGGUUUUCGGAAAUAUGUUAUCAAGACCAUCAUCACUCAUUCUUGCAGGUUAAGUAGGGAAAUGUACAGUCAUACAGAGACAAGCGUCGUUACCCCAAUCACACAAGGUUCAGGUCGUCUUGGAGUAGCAUUAAAACAUGCAACAAACCAACUCCCAAUUAUGAGAUGCUCCGGAUACUUCGAACAAAUACCGUCUGCCAACUAUUCAGUAGAACAGUCACAUUAGUAGUUUACGACACAUUCGUACAAAUGGGAAGCGUUGUUAAUUGUAACGAAAAAAGUAAAACCAAAUUCAACGACAUAAUGUGGUCAAUAAUCCGUACGAAGAAUCUGUGAAGUUUUGAAAUUAAGUUGUUUUGUUUUGAACAAAGGUAAAAUCGUUUCUUGGACAGAGUCACUCACAAUAUGGUCAUUAUUUUUGUUUGCAAGCGUAGAUGAUGCUGCUUUGAUUGUUUUUAAAUAAGACUAAAAUCUAUAUUUAUUGAUUUCACUUGCUACAAUUAGAUUCGAUUAGUCGAUUAGAUUAUUGUGUUUGGUCCAAAUCUGUUUUAAAUUCCCCCGCUCCAAAUACUUUCAUUACAUACCUUCAAAAUGUCAUAUUUUUAAAACAAAUUAUUCUUCAGAAACCAUACUUUUGCACACUAAAUUUAUACGACCGAACCACAGAAGAACUGACUCCAAGGAGAGUGUAGGUAAUACAUAAUGGAAUAAACGAAUAUUAGAAACCAAUUUUAAAAAUGGAUAUUCCCAGAAGGAAAAUAUUGUACAAGUCCAAAAACAUAGUUUCAAUCACAGUGCAGGAGAUAAUACAAAAGCGAUUCGUCGUACAGUAUAGCGUUGGUAUUCACCGCGUGUAAGCA